UUGGUCCUCGGACGUCUGUCUGACCGUGGUGUCGUCGGCCGGCUGCGGGGGUCAGUCACGAUGUCAUCCCCGAAGUCCCGGGAGGAGAAGCCGGGCGGCGGCGGCGGCGGCGACGACCCCUCCGAGGACCUCCGUAGCGUCCUGGUCACCAGCGUGCUCAACCUGGAGCCGCUGGACGAGGACCUGUUCAGAGGAAGGCAUUACUGGGUACCCACCACCCAGCGGCUCUUUGGGGGUCAGAUCGUGGGCCAGGCCCUGGUGGCUGCUGCCAAGUCUGUGUGUGAAGACGUCCACGUCCACUCCCUGCACUGCUACUUUGUUCGGGCAGGGGACCCAAAGGUGCCAGUGCUAUACCAGGUGGAGCGGACACGGUCAGGGGCCAGCUUCUCCGUGCGUUCUGUGAAGGCCAUACAGCAUGGCAAACCUAUCUUCAUCUGCCAGGCCUCCUUCCAGAGACUCCAGCCCAGCCCCCUAAAGCACCAGUUCUCCAUGCCCGCUGUGUCCCCUCCGGAAGAGCUGCUAGACCACGAGGCCCUUAUUAACAAGUAUUUAAGGGACCCUAACCUUGGAGAUAAGUACCGAGUAGGGCUGAACCGAAUUGCUGCCCUGGACGUGCCCAUUGAGAUCAAGCCAGUGAACCCACCCACUGUAGACCAGAUGCAGAGGAUUGAGCCCAAACAGAUGUUCUGGGUGCGAGCCCGGGGCUAUAUUGGGGAAGGCGACAUCAAGAUGCACUGCUGUGUGGCUGCCUAUAUCUCGGACUAUGCCUUCUUGGGCACUGCGCUGCUGCCCCACCAGUGGAAGUAUAAAGUGAACUUCAUGGUCUCGCUGGAUCACUCCAUGUGGUUUCAUGCCCCCUUCCGAGCUGACCACUGGAUGCUCUAUGAGUGCGAGAGCCCCUGGGCUGAUGGCUCUCGGGGGCUGGUCCACGGGCGGCUAUGGCGUCGCGAUGGAGUCCUGGCUGUGUCCUGUGCCCAGGAGGGUGUGAUCCGAGUCAAGCCCCGAGUCUCAGAGAGCAAACUAUAACAGGGCAUCAGCUUGACCUGGGGCUUCAAAGACCUUCCUUCUCCAGGGCUGGACCUCCUGCCCCUCACAUCCAAUAAAGAGACUGAUACCACUG